AUGACCUAAAGAACAAGAUCAUAUAGUUUUGUGAAAAAAAAUUUUGAUGGAUCUGGUUUAGUAAAGGAAAAUUCAGUCUUGAAAGAGAAGGUCCACUAAAUAAAAUUUUUGGUAGAAGACAAUUUAGAUUUAUUAAUAAAUGAGCUAGAUUAAGACUUUAAGUAAAAAGCUUUGAUUACAGAUAUGUCAAAUGUCUUUGUUAUUAUUCAAGAAAACAUUGAAAGAUGGAAAAACCUCAUCAAUACUUUGAAUAAUAAUAUAAAAAUUUUUGAAGCACAAUUUGAAAAAUUGAAAGAAAAAGAAGAAAAAAUGAAAGUUCAAAUAUAGAGUGAAAUCCUUCAAAUGUCUGAACAAUAAUAAUAAAAAAUUAUUGAAAAAGAAAAUGUAAUAGUUACAUUAAAUUAAUAAGUGAAUGAUUUAUAGAGUUAGUUAGAAAUUAAUAAGUCAAAGUUGCAAGACUAAAUUCUUCAAACAGAAGAGAUUAUGUAAAAGUAAUAAUAACAAUUAAAAUAACGAGUAACAUAAUUAGAUAAUGAUAUAAUCUAAAUAAAAUAAUAACAUUAGUUUGAAAUUUAAGCUAUUUUGCAUAAUCAUGAAAAAGAUAGAAAAUUUUACAAAGAAGAAUUAGAUAAUUAAACUAAUUUAAUUGAAUAAAAAUAUAAAAAAUACUUUUUAGAGAAUUAAUAAUUGUAAGAGAAAUCUCAAAAGUAAAUAUAAUAAAUUAAAUAAUUUAAAUAACAAAAGGAUAGUCUUGAAAAAUAAUUGGAACAAUAAAACCAAAAAAUUAGACAAUAUAUAGAAGAAUUAGCUAAUGAAAGAAAAAAUAAAGCUAAAGAUAAUAAAUAAUUAAUAGAGCAAUAAGAGAUAAAUAAUCAAAUGUAAAAUAAAAUUAUUAUUGAAGAAAAACGAUAACAACGAUUAAAAGAACAGUUAUAAUAAAUAUAAGAUUAAAAUUAAGAUCUCAUUCGAUAGCAUGUCUAAGAAAUAAGUCAAUACAGUUCUUAAAUUGCAUAAUUAAAAAGGGAAAUAGAAUACAAAGACAUAUAUAUCACUAAUUAAUAAUAAAAUCAUGUAUAAUAAAUAUUGAUUCAAAAAAUUAAAUAUGAGAAUUUACUUGGUAAUCCUUUGAUAAUGGAAGUAGAAUAAUAAUAAUAAUUUACAAAAGAUUUUUUUUCUUAAUACGAUGAUGAAGUUUAGAUUUAAUAUAUUAAAGGUUUGGAGUAAUAAAUCAAAUAACAAUAAAAUUUAAUUUUAGAAAAAAGCCAAUAAAAUGCAGAUAUUUAAGUUAAAUUGCAAAAGCUUCAAUAAAGUUUAUCUUAAUAAAUAGAUCAAAAAGUAAAAGAGACAUAAUAUGAAUGUAAAUUGUAGAUAAAUAAAAUGUAAUAGGAAUUUGAAUAUUAGAGAGAAAAAAAUCAAUCAGAAUAUAAUUAUAAAGUCAAUCUUUUAUAGUAAUAAUUAUCAUUCGAAACUGAAAAAUAUAAAACUGAAUAAAAAGAACUCUUAUAAAAAGUAGAGUUAUUGAAUAAUUCAAUUUAAGAAAAGGAAUAAAUCAUAAUUUAUUUAUCAGAAUAAUUAUAGUAAAAUAAAGAACAGUAAUCUAAAGAUAAAACAGAAGCUGAAACUAAUUUUAAAAAUCUUUAGAUAGCAUAAUAAUAAUAUUUGGAGUAAUAAGAAAAAUUGCAUUCAUAAAAAUUUAAUGAUAUCCUACUCUAACUAAAUAAAUCAACAAGUUAAGCUGAAUAAUAAAGUUAGUAGUAUUAAUAAUUGUUAAAAAUUAAUUAGGAAUUAAGAACUGAAUCAAAAGAAUAAAAAUAAUCUAUUCAAUAAUAUAAAAUAUAAUGUGACAAAUUGUAAAAGGAGUUAUAAAUUUAAUGGGAUAUAGCAAGAAGUCUAAAUGAUAGAAUAAGAUAGUAGUAGGUUGAAAUAGAAAAUACAAAAUAAAACUAUAAUAUAUUUACAAAAACUACUCGAAUACCAGGUAUAAUGAGCAGCGAAAUUCGAUUGGCCAAAUUAAGGACUUCUCCGAUGAACCGCAAAUUGAGAUCCAUCUCAAAUACUAGAAUAUAAUAAUUAUAAAAUUUAUGAAUAACUA